UGUGCAUUAUCUGCAGUAAAGCAAGCUUCAAGCAUCAGCAGCUAUCAUGUCUGGAAUUGUUUGCACCAGCCUCCGUAUUGCACCAGGCCAGCGCAUUUCUGUAAAAGGUGACGUUCCAUCAGGAGCCAAGAGUUUUGUAGUUAACCUGGGUAAAAGCAAAGAUGACCUUAUACUGCAUUUCAAUGCACGUUUUGAUGCUCAUGGAGACAUAAGGACCAUCGUCUGCAAUUCCAAGUCCAAAGGAAAGUGGGGCACAGAACACAGGGAGACCAACUUUCCCUUCCAAGAGGGCAGCAGUGCUGAGGUGUUCUUUGCUCAUGACAAAAAUGAGGUGACCAUUACGCUGCCUGGUAACCAUCAGUUCAAGGUCCCCAAUGCCUCAGGCUCAGAAGGCAUCGAAUUUGCCUGUGUAGAAGGCGACAUUGCAUUCAAAGGCCUGUCCAUUGCUUAACUGCCCCAUCUCCUGGUCCCAUCUCACUUACCUCUCCUGCUCAAUAAAGCAGAAAAAAAUAAAUGCUAUUCAAUUCUGGUUUUAA